UGGAGGUCAGAAGGGUUCGGCAUCACAAGAUCGAAGAUUCUGCUUUGAAGUUUAUAUGUGGUGCUAAACAAACUAGCUAUGUUCUUCAAGCUGAAACCAAAGCUGAGCUUAAAGAUUGGAUUACUGCUUUUGAAUCACGCUUUCCGCUUAACAAAAACCUUGCAACAUCCGCCGUUGCAGCUAGGUCAGAAGAUGAACAAAAUCCACCUACUACUGAUGAAAAACAACGCAAUGAUGAUGCAGCAUUAAAAUCUAGUGAAGGUUCCCGACCGGAUGCAUCAGUACAAAAUCAUCCAAUCCUCCCGCAACAUUAUCUUCUACUUCCA